CCCUCUUCCUCCCUGCUAAAUAGUGAUCCAUCGCGGCCCGCCCCGGGAAGGUUCUGGGCGUGCGCGGUGCAUUGUGGGGGGCCGGGAGCCAGCAGCCGCCGCGAUGAUGCCAACACCGGUUAUCCUGCUGAAGGAGGGCACGGACACCUCGCAGGGCAUCCCACAGCUGGUCAGCAACAUCAACGCGUGCCAGGUGAUCGCCGAGGCCGUGCGCACCACGCUGGGCCCGCGCGGCAUGGACAAGCUCAUCGUGGAUGAUCGGGGCAAAGCCACCAUCUCCAACGACGGGGCCACCAUCCUGAAGCUGCUGGACGUUGUCCAUCCUGCCGCCAAGACCUUGGUGGACAUCGCCAAAUCCCAGGAUGCAGAGGUGGGGGAUGGCACCACGUCCGUGACCCUGCUGGCGGCCGAGUUCCUGAAGCAGGUGAAGCCCUACGUGGAGGAGGGGCUCCAUCCCCAGAUCAUCAUCCGAGCCUUCCGCACGGCCACGCAGCUGGCUGUGAACAAGAUCAAAGACAUCGCUGUCUCUGUCAAGAAGGAGGAUAAAGAUGAGCAGAGGAGUCUCCUGGAAAAGUGUGCAGCCACAGCCCUGAGCUCCAAGCUCAUCUCCCAGAGCAAGGAGUUCUUCUCCAAGAUGGUUGUGGAUGCUGUGAUGAUGUUGGACGACUUGUUGCAGCUCAAGAUGAUUGGGAUAAAGAAGGUGCAAGGAGGAGCUUUGGAAGACUCCCAGCUGGUGGCUGGAGUUGCCUUUAAGAAAACUUUCUCCUACGCUGGGUUUGAGAUGCAGCCCAAGAAGUACCAGUCCCCCAAAAUCGCCCUGCUGAACGUGGAGCUGGAGCUGAAAGCUGAGAAGGACAACGCCGAGGUCAGAGUCAACACGGUGGAGGAUUACCAGGCCAUCGUGGAUGCAGAGUGGAACAUCCUGUAUGACAAACUGGACAAAAUCCACAAGUCAGGGGCCAAGGUGGUGCUGUCCAAGCUGCCCAUCGGGGACGUGGCCACCCAGUACUUCGCAGACAGGGACAUGUUCUGUGCCGGCCGCGUCCCGGAGGAGGAUCUCAAGAGGACCAUGAUGGCCUGUGGGGGAUCCAUCCAGACCAGUGUCAACGCCCUGUCAGACGAUGUGCUGGGCCACUGUGAGCUCUUUGAGGAGACCCAGAUUGGGGGAGAGAGGUACAACUUCUUCACGGGCUGCCCCAAGGCCAAGACGUGCACCAUCAUCCUGCGCGGGGGCGCCGAGCAGUUCAUGGAGGAGACGGAGCGCUCGCUGCACGAUGCCAUCAUGAUCGUCAGGAGAGCCAUCAAGAACGAUUCAGUGGUGGCAGGUGGCGGGGCCAUCGAGAUGGAGCUCUCCAAGUACCUUCGGGACUACUCCCGCACCAUCCCGGGCAAGCAGCAGCUGCUGAUCGGAGCCUACGCCAAGGCCCUGGAGAUCAUCCCCCGGCAGCUCUGCGACAACGCCGGCUUCGACGCCACCAACAUCCUCAACAAACUGCGAGCCAAGCACGCCCAGGUACGGCCCCGGGGGUCCCAGGGUUCCUCAGAGCCCGUCAGAGCUGCUGUGUGCAGCUCAGCUGUGUGAGAGCUGUGUCUCCAG